AUGCCGGAAGAUUCGCAGAAGGUUCUCCUGGACGGCAUGGGUCAGGCACUCGUGUCGUCCGGCAUGUGGCCGUGUAAUAUCUUCGGCGGCGUUAAAGCGUGUGUCGCGGUGCCUUCUGACGGAGCGUUCAUGCAGCAGUGCGCGAAUGUCGCCAGGUCGGAGGUGGACUGCGCUUAUAACCGCGAGACGCUGAGUGACAUUAACGAGGAUCCGAACGUGAUUAUGAAGGCGAAGCUCGAAGAAGCAGGCUUCGAGCCGUGUCCCGCGUGUUUGGACGCGUUGCAUCGCUUCUGGUGUGGGCAGACCACCCCCACGUGUGGCACCUUCGCUAAAGUGGUUGACGAGAUUCUGCCUGAAAUGAGGCAAGUCAGUGCGGGCAAGAUGAAGCCAGACGAGCUCGUUCAGUCCAACCUCCCCCGCAUGCUGCAAGCCUUUUCGCUCGGGCUGCCCUGCCGCAAAAUGUGCGAGGCGGUUACCGCCACCUGCAGCUGCGGCCGCCCGGCCACGUUCGGGCAGAUGAUGAAAGUUUUGGAGCUGAAGCGCACGCAGCAGCAGGCGGAGGCGGAGGGGGCGGCGGGCAGGCCCCUGGCGGAGAACAAAGAUUUGAUUCCGUUUGGGUUCAGCACGAACAUGUCUCUGGCCACUGCUGUGAAGAUCUUCAAAGGCGUGUGGGACCGACCCGUCUGCGAUCUCUUUGCUCCGCAUGAUGCGCCCGGCUUCCAGGGUGUGUGUGAGACGUGGUGGGCGGGCGCGGACAAGAACCAGACGUCGUGCCGCUGGUGCGAGUCAAAGCAGCGGCCAGAGGACAUGGACGAACAGAUCGUGGCCCAGAUCGCCCAGUCCGUAUCCAGCAUGAUGCAGUGCGAGCCAGAGGACAUGGACGAGCAGAUCGUGGCUCAGAUCGCCCAGUCCGUAUCCAGCAUGAUGCAGCCCUAUUCUCCCUUUCAUCUUGCAACUCCUGUUCCUUUCCUCGCACACGCCCCCCCGCAGGCUGCCGACGCAGCAGCAGUGGAGCAGGCAGAGGAGGAGGUGGAGCAGGAGGAGCAGAAAAGCUUCGACUGGCAGGACGACCAAACCGGGUUACCUGCUGCCGAACCUGUCGAGCUACCCCCGGACACUGUUCCUCCCGAGCUUAUCGACCCUACUGCCGAACCUGGUGCCAAGCGUGCCGCCGAACCGGGCGCCGAGGCUGCAGCCGAGCCUGGUUCGGAUGGGCCGGGGUAUUUUAGAGAAGCAGCCCCGGGGGAUUGGGGGUAUAAAGAGUCAGAGGAGGAGAGAAUGGCUAAAAUGAUGCGAGGGGAGGGUGUGGGAGAGGAAGAGGGGGAGGUUCCAUCUGGGAAAGGUGGUACUGCUGGUGGAAGGUGGGAGGAGGUGAUGAAUGGGAUGAUGGGGGGGAGGGGAGGGCGAGGAGGUGAGGGGGGACGAGGGGAGGGGGAGAGGGGAGAAAGGGGAGGGGCAGAGGGUAGAGGUGGUGCGUGGGAGGGGGGUUCCGCUAGAGGGGGGACGAUGAUGCGAGGGGGGCCGGGAGAAGGUGAGGGUAAUGAGAAGGAAGGAGAGAAGGAAGGAGAGGAGGAGGGAGCGGAGGAGCCAGGAGAUUCUAGGGGUUCUGCUGUUGCAAGCGCAGGUACCACUUCUCCCAGUGCUCCCCGAACCGAACCUUCCACCGAGCCUGGAGAACCGGAGCGGCCACCGGUUUGGGAGAAGAAGGAAUGGCAGGAGAAGGGAGGGGAACCGAGUGCCGGGUGGCGGGCAGAAAAGGAGGAGGAACCAGUUGAAGGGGCCGGGGGGGAUGUGUGGUAUCGAGGGCAUGGGGAUGAUUUGCCCCUUCCGCCGAGAGAGGAAAAACGUGGGUCGCCUUUGGUGGCGACGAUCUUUAUUUUCUUUGCGGCGGUGGGAGUCGUGGGAGAAGCUGAAGACGUGGAGCCAAGCGUCAUCAUGGCUGUCAGCAUGGGAGCGCGCGUGCUGUCGCUGGUUCUUCUUAUCCACCUGACCAUAUCUUCGACGUCCUUAUCCGCAACAGCUCAACCCAUCCCCCUUCCACGAGUCACCGACGGCCCGGCAGCAGUGGUGGGAAGCGCCGCCAGCUCAGCACAGUCCGCGAUCGGUGGCCCCGCGAUCCCGGUCCAGAACCCGAUCGGCGGCGCCGCGAGCGCGGCUCAGAGCGCAAUCGGCGGCGUCAGUGGCGCGGCUCAGGGCGUGAUUGGCUCUGCAACCACCGCCGCCCAGACCACGGCCGGCAAUCUCGUGAGGACCGUUGGUGGCGCUCUGAACGGAGUUCAAAACACCAUCAAUGGCGCAGUGAACGGGGUUCAGACCGCUGCUGGCGGCACCGUCAACACACUUCAAAACAUCGCUGGUGGCGCCCUGAACGGGGUUCAAACCACUGCUGGUGGCGCGCUCAACGCUGUUCAGAGCACCGCUGGGGCCGCGCUGAAUGGAGACCCACUUGGAGCAGUGCAGAGCACCGCUGGGGGAGCACUUUACGCAGUUCAGACCGCCACUCGAGACCCUCUUGGUACAAUCCAAACCACUGCUGGAGGCGUGCUCAACGCAGUUCAGACCACGGCUGGAGGCGCCUUGAACGCAGUUCAGACCACGGCUGGAGGCGCCUUGAACGCAGUUCAGAGCACGGCCGGAGGAGCUGUCAGUGCGGUUCAGACUGCUGCUGGGGGAGCGCUGGGGGCGGUGCAGGGGACAGUUACUGGCCUGGGAAACGCCCUGACUGGCACUGCUCAGCAGCUCGCUACUACCGGUCCCGUUAACGCUAUAAGAAACGCUGCUGGCACCGCUGCAAGCAACGUCGGGAGCGCUCUGAGCGGGCCUGUGGGGGUAGUGCAGGGAGUGGCUGGCGCUGCUGUGGGCAAUGUUGCGAGUGCGUUGCGCGGGCCUGCUACUGCUGCUGUGAAUGCCCUGAGCGGACCUGCUGGGGCGCUGCAGGCGGUGAUGAUGCGUCAGGGAGGCGUGUUGAGCCGGCCGCUUGAGAGCGUUCAGGGAGCAGUCGCUGGUGUUGCUGGUGGGGUGCAGAACGCUGCUGGGGGAGUGCAGCAAACGCUGAGUCGGCCGCUUGAGAGCGUUCAGGGAGCAGUCGCUGGUGUUGCGGGGGGCGUGCAGAAUGCGGUUGGGGGAGUGCAGAGCACACUCGGCAAUGUGGGUGCCGGUGUGCAGAGCACUCUUGGGAAUGUCGCUGGAGGGGUCCAGCAAACUCUGGGGAACGCUGCUGCCGGUGUGCAGGGGACUGUGGGUAACGCUGCCGGCACUGCUGCUGCUACUGUGGGUGCGGGCGUGAGUGGUGCCACUGCUGCUGUUCCUGUGGUGGCACGCUCAUCAGCAGAGAGCGAGCCGGGAAGGAGGCUGCAGGACAGAACAGCUGCAGCAGGCAAUGGCCCCACUUCCACCGUUACCCCCACUCUCCUCCCCAUCCCCACCGCCACCACCCCCACUCCCACCACCACCACUCCCACCACCCCCACACCCACCACCCCCACUCCCACCCCCACCACCGCUGCUGCCGGCGCGGGUCCACUGGGUGCCGUGCAGCAGGCUGUAUCCAGUGCAGGCUCCACCCUUCAAGGCGUCGCCUCUGGAGCAGCAACUACUCUGCAGGGCAUUACCUCUGGUGCAACCUCCACCCUGCAGGGCGUUGCCGGGUCUGCCGCCCAGCAGAUGACUUCUGCCGCCCAGCAGAUCACUUCUGCCGCCCAGUCCCUCCCCGGCGCCGUCCAGUCUCUCCCUGGUGCCAUCCAGGGCGCAGCUGCUGGUGCUGCGGGCGGCGUGCAGAGCACACUCGGUAGCAUUGCUAGCAAUGCGCAGCAAACUCUGGGCAGUGCUGCUGGUGGUGUUCAGAGCACGCUCGGAAAUGUGGCUGGCGGGGUGCAGCAGGCGCUGAGCAAUCCGGUUGGGUCCAUCCAGGGCGCAGCUGCGGGUGCUCUUCGCGGGGUGCAGAACGUUGCUGUGGGUGUGCAGAGCACAGUCGGCAGUGUUGCUGGGGGAGUGCAGCAGACUUUGGGCGAUGCUGCUGGUGCUGUGCAGAGCACACUGGGGAAUGUCGCAGGAGGAGUGCAGCAGACGCUGAGCAAUCCGGUUGGAUCCAUCCAGGGCGCAGCUGCUGGUGUCGCUGGUGGUGUGCAGAACGCUGCUCGCACUGUGCAGAGCACUCUGGGCAAUGUUGCUGGGGGCAUGCAGCAAACUCUGGGGAACGCUGGUAGCAGUGUGCAGGGGACUCUGGGUAACGCUGCUGGAACUGCUGCUACUACUGCGGGUGCGGGUGCGGGUGCAGGUGCUGGCGUCGUUACUACUGUCCCUGUGGCAGCGCGCUCAUCAGCAGAGAGUGAGCCGAGUGAGCCUGGAAGGAGGCUGCAGGACGGACCGGCAGGCACAGUCAGCACCGGCUCUGCAGCUAUUCCCACUCCCCUCCCCACCGCCCCCAUUCCCACCACCCCCACUCCCACCACUCCCACCACCGCUGCUGCUGGCAUUGGAGCAGGUCCACUGGGUGCAGUGCAGCAGGCUGUAUCUGGUGCAGCCUCCACCCUUCAAGGCGUUGCCUCCGGCGCUGCCUCUACUCUCCAGGGCGUUACCUCUGGUGCCACCACCACCCUUCAAGGCAUUGCCUCCGGCGCAGCCUCUACCCUGCAGGGUGUUGCUGGGUCUGCCGCCCAGCAGAUCACUUCUGCCGCCCAGUCCCUCCCCGGUGCCAUCCAGUCCCUCCCAGGUGCCAUCCAGGGCGCAGCUGCUGGUGCUGCGGGCGGCGUGCAGAGCACUCUGGGGAACGUCGCUAACGGUGUGCAGCAAACUCUGGGCAACGCUGCUGGGGGCGUGCAGGGCACACUGGGGAAUGUCGCAGGGGGAGUGCAGCAGACGCUGAGCAAUCCGGUCGGGUCACUCCAGGGCGCUGCUGCUGGUGCUCUUCGUGGUGUGCAGAACGUUGCUGCGGGUGUGCAGAGCACACUUGGAAGUGUGGCAGGCGGAGUGCAGCAAACGCUGGGCAGUGUGGCUGGGGGAGUGCAAAGCACCCUUGGGAAUGUCGCAGGGGGGGUGCAGCAGCCGUUGAGCAAUCCACUUGGGUCCCUCCAGGGCGCAGCUGCAGGUGUUGCUGGUGGGGUGCAGAAUGCCGCUCGCACUGUGCAGAGCACUCUGGGCAAUGUGGCUGGAGGGGUGCAGCAAACCCUGGGGAACGCUGGUAGCAAUGCGCAGGGCACUCUCGGUAACGCCGCUGCCAGUGCUGCUGCUACUGUGGGUGCGGGUUCGGGUGCGGGCGCAGCUACUACAGUCCCUGUGGCAGCACGCUCGGCAGACGCAAGUGAGCCUGGAAGGAGGCUGCAGGACGGACCGGCAGCAGCAGGCAGCACCGGCUCUGCCGCUAUUCCCACUCCCCUCCCCACCGCCCCCAUUCCCACCACCCCCACUCUCACCAACCCCACUCCCACCACCCCCACCAUCACCCCUGCUGCUGGUACCAGCGCUGGUCCACUGGGUGCGGUGCAGCAGGCACUCUCUGGCGCAGGCUCCACCCUUCAGGGCGUUGCCUCUGGCGCUGCCUCUACUCUCGGGAACGUAGCUAACGGUGCGCAGCAAACUCUGGGCAGUGUGGCUAGCGGUGUGCAGCAGACUCUGGGCAGUGCUGCUGGUGCUGUGCAGAGCACCCUGGGGAAUGUCGCCGGGGGAGUGCAGCAGACGCUGAGCAAUCCGGUUGGAUCCAUCCAGGGAGCAGCUGCUGGUGCUCUUCGCGGGGUGCAAAACACCGCUGCAGGUGUGCAGAGCACUCUGGGCAGCGUUGCUGGGGGCGUGCAGCAGACUGUGGGCAACAUCGCCGGGGGAGUGCAGCAAACUCUGGGCAAUGCAGCUGGGGGCGUGGCUAAUGUGGCGCAUGCGGCAGGAGGGACAGUCUCUGGUGCUGCCACCGGCGCACAAGCAGCACUCUCCGGACAGCUAUCUGCAGCCCAGAACGCCCUGUCUGGCCCGAUUUCGACUGUUCAAAACGCACUGUCAGGGCCUCUUUCCACGGUUCAGGGCGCAGCAGCGGGUGCAGUGAGGGGUGUGCAGGGGGCGCUGUCAGUCCCUGCGGGAGCCAUCCAAGGGGCUGUUAGCGGGGUGCAGAGCACCGUGCAAGGAGCAGUGCAAGGCGCUCAGGGCGCCGUGCAAGGGGUUCAAGGAGCAGUGCAGGGGGCAGCAGCACAAGGGGCUCAGGGCGCCGUGCAAAAUGCUGCCUCUCUCCCCACAGCUGCCACUCAGUUUCCUGCUGCUGCCGGCACUCCUGCUGCAGGUGCGGUUGCUGCUGCAGGUAAUGCUGCUGGUGCUGCCGCUACCGUCCCUGUGGCAGCACGGUCAUCAUCAGAGAGCGAUCCUACUCAGCCUGGAAGGAGGUUGCAGGACAGACCGGCAGCAGCAGGCAGCACAGCUGGUAGUGCUGGCUCUAUUUCCACCGCUACCCCCACUCCUCUCCUCAUCCCUACCACUACCCCCACUCCCACCACCCCCACUCCCACCUCACCCACACCCACCACUCCCACUCCCACCACUCCCACCACUCCCAAUGCCACCACCCCCACUCCCACCACUCCCAACCCUACCACACCCACCACCACCACCGCUGCAGCUGUCACUGGUCCACUGGGUGCUGUGCAGCAGGCGCUCUCUGGAGCAACCUCCACCCUUCAGGGCAUUGCGUCGGGCUCUGCCUCUACUCUCCAGGGAGUCGCCGGGUCUGCCGCCCAGCAGAUCACAUCCGCCGCCCAGUCGCUCACAGGCACCGUUCAGGGGGUAGCAGCUGGUGCUGCGGGCGGCGUGCAGAGCACUCUGGCUCGUGUGGCUGGGGGAGUGCAGCAGACGUUGAGCAAUCCGGUUGGAUCCAUCCAGGGCGCAGCUGCUGGUACUGCUCGUGACGUGCAGAGUGCCGCAGGUGGCUUGCAGCAGACCCUGGGGAGUCUAGGAGCUGGGGCCCAGCAGACCAUGGGCAAUCUUGCAGGCGGCGUGCAAGGGACUCUGGGCGCACGGACAGCACUUUCCGGAACCCUGUCUGCCGUGCAAAACACACUCUCAGGCCCGGUUUCCUCUGUUCAGAACGCACUCUCUGGACCACUUUCAACUGUUCAGGGCGCAGCAGCAGGGGCAGUGAGGGGCGUGCAGGGGGCGCUGUCAGUCCCUGCUGGCGCCAUCCAAGGCGCUGCUAGUGGCGUGCAGGGCGCAGUUCAGGGCGCCAUGCAAGGUGCUCAAGGCGCCUUGCAAGGGGCGGUGCAAGGGGCGCAAGGAGCCGUGCAAACUGCUGUACCACUACCCACAGCUGUCACUCAGCUCCCGGCCGCUGCUACUCCUGCAGGCACCGCAGCUGCUGCUGCCGUUGCCGCUGCCGCAUCCGGCCCCACAGGUGCUGCUGCUACAACCCCUGUGGCAGCACGCUCAGCAGCAGAGAGCGAGCCUGGGAGGCGGCUGCAGGACAGCCCGGCAGCAGCAGGCAGCGCAGCUGGCAGUGCUGGUUCAACCACCACACCCCGCAACGGCCCCACCACCACCCCCACCAACCCCACCACUCCCACUACCACCGGUCCACUGAGUGGCGUGCAGCAGGCACUCUCUGGCGCUGCUUCCACCCUUCAAGGCAUCACAUCUGGAGCCACUGCCACUCUUCAGGGCUUAACCUCGGGCGCUGCCCAGCAGCUGGCCUCCGCCGCCCAGUCCCUCCCCGGCGCCGCCCAGUCCGCCGCCCAAUCCAUCCCAGGAGCAAUCCAAUCUGCAGCAGGGUCGGCGCAGGCAGCAGCAGGGGCGGCAGUGGGAGCAGCAACAGGGACUCUGAACCGGGUAGGGGAUGCACUCACACUCCCACUGCGCCAGGCUGUAACGGCUGUAGCCCAGCCUCUUGUGGGGGCGGCACAGGUUGUAGCACAACCCCUGGGGGCGGCUGUAGCGAGCGCUGUGCAGCCGGCUGUAGCGGCACUGCAGGCGGGGGUUCAGGGGGUUGGUGCAGGCGUUUCGGGGAUUGCCGGGGGAGUUGGGGGUGCGGUGCAAGCAGCAGGAGCAGGAGUGCAGAACGUAGGGAGAGGGGUGGUGGCAGGAGUGCAAAGCGCAGGGGCAGCAGUGGGGGAGAGGGUGCAGAGCCUCGGAGCAGCAGCUGCAGGGGGAGUGCAGAGCCUAGGAGGGAAUGUGACUGGGGCAGCAGCAGGUGCGGCAGAGGCGCUAGGCCGGACUGCUAGCGGUCUGGGAGCCGUGCUAGGGAACACAGCGGCUGGAAUUCAAGGGGGUAUUGGCCAGGCGCUGGGGGAAAUUACCGAGGCAAUUCAGGGCGGGCCUGGGAAUUUUGGGCAGGAGGUUGGGGAAAUUACCCAGGGAAUUCAGGGCGCGCCGGCGGUGCUGGGGGGUGUGCUGAGUCGGGCGGCAGACUCUGUCACUGCGGCAGUGGGAGGGGCGGCAGGGGCGGCGGGGAACGCUGUGACUGUAGCGGUGGAUGCGGCUAGUGGCACGAUUCGGUACAGCAUUGCGGGGAUUGGGAAUGCGACUGAGUUGGUUUCUGCUGGGAUCUACCAGGCUGCUGGGACGGCAGGAGGGGCUGCCAGGUCAGCAGGAACGCAGGUGGUCAGCCUGUUCAACCGGGUCAACCCAGUCAACGCCCUGUCAGCAGCGGGCGGCACACUCACAGGCGCAGUAGCCGCCACUCCCAGUGCCAUCGCCAGCCUGCUGCAGAACCCGGCAGGCUUUGUCCUGCAGGCCACAACCAGGGGAGGUGGAUCUGCUGCUGCUUCUGCUGGCAAUCAGGCUGCUAAUGGUUCUUCUUCUGGUGCUGCUUCUGGGGCCACGGAGACUCGAGUGGCGCCGCUGAUUAUUCUUGCGCCCCUCAUCCCUUCAACCAUCAGCACCAAUUCUCUUUCUGCUGCAGCCUCCGUGGCUCCUCUGCUGGGCGUUCGGCGUCAAGAAACCACUCCAGCCACCACCAGAACAGUCACCAGCAACCCAUCGGCUGCUGCAACGGCAAUCCCUCGUCUGCCUUCUCCUCCUUCCCCUCGAUCCCCUCUUCCUUCCCUUCUUCCUUCCCAUCGUCCAUACCCUCUUCCCUCCCAUCAUCCCUCCCCUCCUCCGUCCCCUCCUCCACUCCCUCCUCCCUCUCACCCACUCUCACCAACCUCCCCACCAACACCCCCACCACCCUCCCCACCUCCAACCCCCUUCCCGCCAACACCCCUCUCCCCGGAGGCUCUGCCCAAUCCUCUUCCGCCCCUGGCAUGCUGCUUGGCAUGGCUGGUGACACGGUAA